CUCCCAAAAUAAUGUCUAUUAUCUCUACACACUGCAACACUACUCAAACUUCUCUCUCUCUUCGGUGCAGUGCUGUGAUGAUGCUGUGAUGCUGGUGCAUGCAUGAGUUUGGUCAAUAAUGCACGAUUUUUCUUGUCAAAACCAGAUCAUUGAACAGAGCAAACCCGAAUUUCUUUGGAAAUUUUGGAGAAACGAGGACUUUGACAGAGAAAUCAAACCAACCAACGGAAUUUGAAAGUCAAACAAAGUGCCUUUGAAAUUUGAAACCCUGUUGCAAGGAAAAUGGUUUCUUUUCGUCAUCAAAGUGGUUAUCGGUUCCUAUAAAUUGGGUGAAGACUGAAAGAGAUAACAAAUUUGUUGGAAAGAAGAACAGAGACAGACAUUGAAGCCCUUUGAGACAGUGACAGCUCGUUAGAAGCAAAGAGAACUCUCUGCAAGGAUCUUCUUACGAUCUCUGAUCUUCAAAUAAAUGAAAGAUGUUGUCAAAGAUCAAGAGAGAAGACAUUUUUUAGGGUCUUGACAGAUUACAUUCCUUCAAUCUCAUAUUGUCCGUGUACCAGAUUUUCAUCCUCAUUCCUGGUUCUUUGCUUGAAGCGAAACCAAGAAGAAGAAGAAGAAAAAGAAGGUUGAAAUGGAAGCAAUGAACGUGAUGAGGGUUAGAGAAGACGUGCGUGUGGAAGACGAUACCACUCAGACUGAACUCACCAAAAUUCGUCUCUUGAGGGCAAUGGUUGAAGCACGAGAUCCCUCUGCUAAGGAAGAAGAUGAUUUUACGAUUAGAAGAUUCCUACGUGCUCGUGAUUUAGAUUUGGAGAAGGCUUCUACAAUGUUCCUGAAGUACUUGAAAUGGAGACAUUCCUUUGUUCCAAAUGGUUCUGUAACUGUAUCAGAAGUUCGCAAUGAUCUUGCUCAGGAGAAGGUGUUCAUGCAAGGACAUGACAAGAUAGGUCGACCCAUAGCUGUUGUAGUCGGUAGAAAACAUUUUCAGAACAAAGAUGGUGGAGAUGAAUUCAAACGUUUUGUCGUCUACGUGUUUGACAAAAUAUGCGCAAGUAUUCCACCUGGUCAAGAAAAGUUUGUUGCCAUAGCUGAACUCAAGGGAUGGGGAUACUCAAACAGUGACGUUCGUGGAUACCUUGGUGCUCUAACAGUUUUGCAGGAUUAUUACCCGGAAAGAUUGGGGAAGUUGAUUAUUGUCAAUGCACCAUACAUAUUUAUGAAAGUGUGGCAACUCAUUUACCCUUUCAUUGACAACAAAACCAAGAAGAAGAUAGUGUUUGUGGAUAAAAAUAAGGUUAAAUCUGCACUGUUAGAAGACAUUGAUGAAAGUAAUAUGCCAGAGAUAUUCGGUGGGCCACUACCAUUAGUCCGAAUUCAGGAUAUCUAAAGUAACUGCUAACAAAAUAAGGAGAGACCAUAAUAGAAAAAAGAAACUUUAUUCUUUCUAAUUUGUGUAUUUGUAUGGUAUUUUCUGUACCCAAAUAAAGUACACUACUACUGAUCAUGUGUUAAUUACAGAAGACUGGAAUAAUAAAGAUGGCCAUUGUUGUCUCAACAGAUUCAA